AUGUCUACCUUCACCCUCUUUCACUCUUUCCCCGCCGAAAUCCACGGUUUAAUCCUCGAACAAUGUCCUCCAAACGACCGUACCUGUCUCAGACUCACGUGUAAAUACCUUUACACCCUUUCACCCCCCAAAUACCCAGUUUCCCUCGACUAUUCCCCUACCCCUGAAGUCUUCUGCUCGAAACCUGAAGUAUCGCAUAUUUCCCCUGGUGUUCACAAACAGCGCUUUCCCAUCCGCAAAUGUGGAUUGGGAGCACAACUAUGCCACGAUCGUUCCCUCCACUACAUCAACAUUCUCCGCGCCGCGGAAAAUCUUCCUCCCCUAACAAGAAAAAAAUGUCGUGAUCAUUAUUGGGGUGAUCACUGUGAAUGUUUUUCUCGUUCAAAAAUGUUGCACAAACAGCUGCAAAAAUGGAUGCCGAAGGAUAUGAAAUAUUGUAGUGAAUGUAGCGUUUUCACUAAGAGGAGGAAGAGCAAAAAGUUUCGAUGUGAGUAUUCUCUCUUGUGUGUAUACGAAGGACAGGAUAUUGAUAAAGUAAUAGGUACACAUGGUCGCAAGAAACAAUUUAGUCGCAAUUCUCAUAUUACAUCGAAUCUGUGGACCAAUCAUAAGGGACGCGGUGGUUAUUAUCAUAAAUUGUGGAAGAAAUGGUUCAACAACUCCGCUUUCGACAACAUGGAAGCCCGUCUCCGUCUCGGCAAGCGAAACUCCAACUCACGCUACAAUUUACGGAAAGAAUAUAUGCCCCGAGCUAGAUAUCUAGAUACGACUUGGUCUAGACAUGAGUGA